AUGGAGAACUUCUCGGCCCUGUUCGGCGGCGCCGAGCAGCCGCCGCCCGCCGCCGCCGCCGCGCUGGGCUUCGGGCCCGCCAAAGCGGCCGGGGCCGGGGCCGCGCCGCCCCCCGCCGCCUCCGCCGCCGCCUCCGCCGCCCCCCCGGCUCCCGGCGAGGGCAAGGCCGCCGCCGCCGGCCCCUUCUACCUGCUGCGGGAGCUGCCAGGCAGCACGGAGCUGACGGGCAGCACCAACCUGAUCACGCACUACAACCUGGAGCACGCCUACAACAAGUUCUGCGGCAAGAAGGUGAAGGAGAAGCUCAGCAACUUCCUGCCCGACCUGCCCGGCAUGAUCGACCUGCCCGGCUCCCACGACAACAGCAGCCUGCGCUCCCUCAUCGAGAAGCCCCCCAUCUGCGGCAGCUCCUUCACGCCCCUCACCGGCACCAUGCUCACCGGAUUCCGCCUGCACGCCGGCCCCCUGCCCGAGCAGUGCCGGCUGAUGCACAUCCAGCCGCCCAAGAAGAAGAACAAGCACAAGCACAAGCAGAGCCGCACGCAGGACCCCGUCCCCCCCGAAACCCCCUCGGACUCGGACCACAAGAAGAAAAAGAAGAAAAAAGAGGAGGAUCCUGAGCGGAAGAGGAAGAAGAAAGAGAAAAAGAAAAAGAAGAACCGGCACAGCCCCGAGCACCCGGGGGUGGGCAGCUCCCAGGCCAGCAGCAGCAGCAGCCUGCGGUGAGGCGGCCUGCGGGGAGCUCUGGGUGGCCGUGGAGGGCCCCGGCUGCCCCGCCAUGGACUCGUCCCUCCCGCGGAGCGCAGCGGGGAGACCCGGGCAGGCGCCUCCCCACCCGGAGGGCCGGGACCAGGGGAAGGCGUGGACUGUGCUGGAGCUGGGCUGGCUGCCCUCAGCCCCUCGUACCGGGACUGCACUGAGGGCUCUCUCUCUCUCUUUUUUUUCCUUGUUCUUUUUUUUUUACUCACCUUUUAAUUAAAGUCUCUGCUCUAAGGAGGGGCUGGUGGCAGUGGCUCUACCUGUUGGCUGGCACCCUCACCCGCAGCGGGGCCCCGGGAGCUGUUUUCCUGCAGGCCUGGCUCUGCCCUGGGACUGAAGGCACUGCAGCGUGCCCCCCUCCUGGCCCCCUUUUCCUUCCCCCCCCUGCGGAGGGGGAGCUGAGGCAGGGAGGGACACCAGGAGCCCCUGUGGGGAGCCUCCGUCCCUGGACACUAAAAUAAAGCACACGCAUGCCUGCUGGGAUGGCUCAUUAAAUA